ACUUACAAAAUAUUUGCGCUCGCUCCCCAACACUCAUCUCUUGCAAGCCAUGGCCUCUGCAACUCUCCCACUCCCUCUCCGGUCGCACCUCACUCGGCUCAAACCCCCUAUCAGCCACGCGCCAAGAGCCAUCGCCUGUCACGUCAAACUCUCCCACAGCCACUCCAACCCUUUCCCGCCAUUUUCACUUCUUCGAAGCAGAUCAAAAGGCGUCGUGAGGCCCCCUUCUGCCUACGUGUCGGGUCCUGCUUCCGACCCGAUAAUAACCGAGCCGGACCCUAAGGUGGAGAGUUCGAACGAUGCUCAUGAUGAAACUGUUGAGCCGCCGAGUGCGAUCAGUUCGAGUCUCUUGUGGAGUCUCCUGAUGCGGUACAAGCUGAGACUCGCUGUUUCGGCCGUCACUCUCAUUGGUUGCUCCGCUUGUACUCUCUCAAUGCCUCUAUUUUCAGGGAGAUUUUUUGAAGUACUUAUAGGCACUAGACCAGAACCUCUGUGGAGACUGCUUAGUACUGUUGGAGUGCUGUAUACAUUGGAGCCAGUUUUAACUAUUAUUUAUGUUGUAAACAUGAAUACUAUUUGGGAGAAGGUUAUGUCAACCUUACGCGCUCAGAUUUUUAGAAGACUAUUGAUUCAGAAGGUGGAGUUUUUUGACAGAUACAAGGUUGGUGAACUCACUGCUUUGUUAACAUCUGACUUGGGUUCUCUUAAAGAUAUUGUGAGUGAAAACAUUUCAAGGGAUCGUGGAUUCAGGGCACUUUCUGAGGUCAUUGGCACAAUAUGCAUCCUGUUCACUUUAGCCCCCCAACUUGCACCAAUUUUGGGCGUACUGAUGCUUACUGUAUCUGUUUUAGUUGCUGUAUACAAGCGGUCAACUGUGCCUGUUUUUAAAGCUCACGGAUUGGCCCAAGCUUCCAUAUCAGAUUGUGCAACAGAAACAUUUUCUGCAAUUCGUACUGUAAGAUCCUUUAGUGGCGAAAAGCGUCAAAUGUCUAUGUUUGGUAGUCAGGUUAUGGCUUUUCAGAGUAGUGGUAUAAAGCUUGGGACCUUCAAAUCUCUUAAUGAAUCACUGACUAGAGUUGCCGUCUAUAUUUCUUUGAUGUCCUUGUAUUGUCUUGGUGGAAGCAAAGUAAAAGCGGGUGAACUCUCUGUUGGAACCAUUGCUUCUUUUAUUGGAUACACUUUCACAUUAACUUUUGCUGUUCAAGGGCUGGUUAAUACAUUUGGAGAUCUUCGUGGAAGUCUUGCUGCUGUUGAGAGGAUUAAUUCUGUGUUUUCUGGGGGACAAAUUGAUGAGGCCCUUGCCUAUGGUUUAGAAAGAGACAUCCGGAGAAAAGAAGUGGAUGAUGAAAAACUUGGAUUAUUCUUUGUCAAUGGUUUUGAUGAAAAAAACAUAUUUCCAAAUAUUCAUUACAUGUCAGCCUUGAGAUCAGCUAGCAAUGUGCAUAGCCUAGCUUGGUCUGGUGAUGUUUGUCUUGAAGAUGUGCAUUUUUCUUACCCUUUGAGGCCUGAUGUGGAAAUCCUAAAUGGUCUUAAUCUAAGGCUAAAAUGUGGAACUGUAACUGCUCUAGUUGGCUCAAGUGGUGCUGGGAAAAGUACAAUAGUACAGCUAUUGGCACGUUUUUAUGAGCCAAGCAGGGGCUGCUUAACAGUUUCCGGAGAGGAUGUUCGAACAUUUGACAAGAGCGAAUGGGCUCGGGUUGUCUCUAUAGUAAACCAAGAACCUGUUCUAUUCUCGGUGUCUGUUGGAGAAAAUAUUGCCUAUGGGCUUCCUGACAAUAAUGUAUCCAAGGAUGAUGUGAUAAAGGCAGCCAAAGCUGCUAAUGCUCAUGAUUUCAUAAUUUCUCUUCCUCAGGGUUAUGACACUCUAGUUGGUGAGCGUGGAGGUCUACUGAGUGGAGGACAACGGCAGAGAAUUGCCAUUGCAAGAGCUCUUCUCAAGAAUGCCCCAAUCCUGAUACUUGAUGAGGCGACAAGUGCCUUGGAUGCAAUCAGUGAGCGCCUGGUUCAAGAUGCUCUGAGCCAUCUGAUGAAAGGAAGGACAACAUUAGUGAUUGCACACAAGUUAAGUACAGUUCAGAAUGCAGACCAGAUAGCUCUUUGUUCCAGUGGAAGGAUUGCAGAGCUUGGGAGUCAUUUUGAGUUAUUAGCUAAGAAGGGCCAAUAUGCUUCAUUAGUUGGCACUCAGAGACUUGCUUUUGAGUGACAUGAAAUUGCAGGGUAUUCCAUUUUCUCUAAAUAACUGCAGAAUCCAAACAUAUACUUAAUUAUGCCAUGCUUGAAAGCAGAAUGGCUGGGAAGAGACACUUUGACUCCAUGAUUUCCAAAAGAUAAGCUUUCACUGGAUUUUUUCUUAGAUGAUUGUUUUGCAGCACUUUUACCAGUUACUUGUAAUAAGACUGCAUUAUAUGGUAACCUAACAUUGAAAGAACAAAAAUCCAGUUGUAAAUGGCAUUACUAAGAUGACGCUAUUGCAUUAUUUUCAUUAUUUGCAAUUUAAUAUAGCAAGACCUGAAACUGUGGCAAAAACUACAAUGGUAUUAUAUGCUAAGAAGAUGUUCACACUUUGUAUUUCAUUUUUCAAAUAGCACUGUUGGAUCACUGCCUGCGUUUGAUGGUGGGGUUCACUUCGUUUUUUAAGUGUCUAGAAAACUUGGAUCCAUUGCAGGAUCUUGAGGGCGAGUUGCAUUGAAAGAGAAGAUACGGUUUGAGAAAGAACAAUGUGACACUUAAUAGAAUGUGACCCAGAGAGUGUCCCCAUUUCAUCAAGAUUAAGGCCUCUUGGUGCAAGAUUAUUCUCAAGCUAUUUGCCAUUGAGGAAAGGAGGGGGCAGGUGUUGGGAAGGCUUAUCUUUGAGUGGCACUUUCAUCGCGUGGCAAAACAUGGUUGAUUCCACCAACGUACAGGCCGUCGCACGCAACAAAUGCAAGGACAUCUGCACUUGUAAUAGUUUGUGGUCAUUGAGCUUCAAUUUCAGCCUUCGCUCCAUCAAUCACUUUGACAGGGAUAUUCUUAUCUAAUUAGGAACAUAUAGGAAUAGAUCUUGGCUAAGAGAUGAGUCUCUUUUCAGGUCUAAUGGGUACUUUGGGAUUUGAGAGCUUUAGGCCAAAUCAUGUACAUCAUUGUGUGCUUUGUAUAUUUAUUCUCUUAUUUUAUUCUUCUCAUUUUUAUUC